AUGCUAGAAGACGGUGAAAUCUCGAAUUCUCCGAAAUCAGCGGCUCCUGCCGCCGACGAUGAUGAUGAUGAUGGAUUCGUCGUUGAUAGAAGCUUCUUGGAGGUCAUUGAGAAUUCAGAAGACGUGGCAGACGAUGAUGCUGCUGCAAACGUGACUGGUGAUUCUGAAGCAGUAAAAGACAUCUCGAUGGCGUCGUCGCUGUCUGGAACACCCAGUGAAUGGGCGAAAAAGAUGAGGAAGAGAUUGUUGGAGGAAUCGGAACCGCAAUCCCCGAGCACGGAGCCAGUUUCAAAACGUCCCCGUCGCCAGAACCUGUGCUUCAAUUGCCGUGAAGAGCACUCGAUUGCCGACUGUCCGCACCCGAAGAAUUUCGCGGAAAUUCGAAAAAACAAGCAGGAAUUUCAGGCGUUACAGCAGGGGAACACAGGUGGCGCCAGAAUUUCCAAGGAGACCGCCGGAGGCGCGGCGAAAGAGUCGAAAUUCAAGGCCGGAAAGAUAUCGAUAGCGUUGAGAGACGCUCUGGGAUUGGGAUCCGACGACCUCCCGGAAUGGAUCUAUCGAAUGAGACGGAUGGGAUUUCGGAAAGGAUAUCCACCGGGAUACCUCAGAGAGUCGCUGAAACACGAGUACGGAACGCUGAAAAUAUUCUCGGGGGAUUCGAAAGAAGAAGAGAUGGAGCAGCAGUCAUGUCCCAUGCCCAUAGUCCAGGAAUCCAAAAUUGUCACCUAUUUGGGAUUCAACAAGAGCUACGGGGCGUUGAAUGAUCGUGAGAAGGGAAUGUUCUCGAUUCCACCGAUGAAGGAGUUUGUGGAGAUGUUGCAAGAGGACGCGAAAUCGAGACACGAAUGGGAGGAGAGCAGACGUCGUUGUGACCUCGAACGUCUGAAGCGACAGGAAGCAGCCGAGAAGGAUUCAGAAGACGUCGCCGACGAUUCUGUGAUUGUCGUCGAGGAGGUGAAGGAGGAAUCUGUGGUGAUUCUGGAGACUUCUGAAGACGUCGUGGUGGCUGGAGAAGGCACAGAGAAAUUGGGCGAAUCCAUCCACCAACUCAUCGGCACCCCAAUCAUAUCUCGCCGCGACGCGUCUGGCGUCUGGAUUCCGCAUACGACGCCCACUUUGGAGGCGUUCGCCGUCGGAAUCGUUCCGUUCGAAGCGAAGGAGGAGGAGAAGCCACGUGGCAUUUUCAAGAAGAUUAUGGCGACGUUGAGAGGAGAAGAAUCGAAGAGCGACGAGGAUAAAUGA